AUGCCGUCUGCGCCUUCAUCUGCGCCGCCGGAACCCAACCCAGAGCCGGAACCUCUUACACUCACAACGAAGCCACCAGCUGACCCUCCUGAUGUGCGCCAUUGGCCGCAAACUUGCUCGAAGUGUCCUGUUUUUCGCGUUCCCUACAAAGCCGCAGCAAACCAACCAGGAGAAGCUCUGCAAAUCGAGUUUUGUAAUCGCCAAUUUACCUUUCGCUACGUAGAGCCUUACCUGCACAUCCGCGUUCAUGGACUGUGUCGUAUCUGCGUCCCACAAUUCCCUGAGUUCCUUACUCACGUUCUGCAUUCGUAUCACGACCAUGUUACAGCCGGCCAUCAAGGCCAGAAGAAGACCUUUGCGGCUCUCAGCAAGCAGUACUACUGGCCAGGAAUGCGCGCCUACACUACUGCGUAUGUUGAGUCAUGUACCCACUGUCGAGCGUCAAAGUCUAUUAACCAGAAGCCUGCAGGCCUCCUUCAACAGUUGCUCAUCCCUUCUCGUCGAUGGGCGCACGUGAGUCUCGACUUUAUCACAGAUCUUCCCCUUACAACGACAGGGCACGACUCGAUCCUUGUCAUGGUCGACUCCCUCAGCAAGAUGGCUCAUUUCGUUCCUGCAAAAAAGUCAUUCACAGCAGCAGACACCGUGGAGCUUCUCGCAGACCGCCUUAUCCGCGAUCACGGUUUCCCAGAAGUGCUUAUAUCGGAUCGCGACCCCCGUUUCCAAUCAGACCUUUGGAACCAGCUCUGUCGCCGCUUCAACAUCAAACGGUGCAUGCCCUCGUCCUACCAUCCCCAAAGCGACGGCCAAACUGAACGGGUGAACCGCACACUGGAGCAGAUGCUGCGUACAUAUAUCAGAUCUGAUGAACGCGAGUGGGAGCGUUUGCUUCCAGCCUUGGAACUUGCCUACAACAUAACAAGCCAUUCAUCCACAGAGCUCUCUCCUUUCGAGGUCAUGGUUGGAGAGAACCCGUUGACUGCUGCGGACCUUGAUAUCGUCGGCGCGUUAGCUCCUAUGGUCACUCCUCCGAUGACUACGCUUUUCCGACAGCUCUGCAACCGAGCACAGAGUCACAUCCUGAAGGCGAAAUGGCAGCAGAAGUACUACGCAGACACAAAUCGCCGAACAGUGGAGUAUGCGGUGGGAGACAAGGCCUGGCUCAGCAGCAAGCACCUACCGCCUUUCAACAGCUGCCCUAAGUUCGAGCCCCGUUACCGCGGACCCUUCGAAGUCAUCGAACGCAUAGGCACUGUCGCUUAG